ACUAACUCCUCCCUCCACUUCCUACCUCCUUCAGCCUUUGAGGAGAUGAAGAGAAUCCCAAAAGAAUUAUUAAACUAAGGAGGAUCGAUAUUCUUUGCACAUUCUUGCUAGUGGCAUUCCAUGUGCCUUGGAAUCCAGAUAAGCCUGUCUUUUGCAAAUUGCGUUGUGUCAACCGAAAGUCUAAACUAUAUCUAGGUUACUCUCUCUAGGUAUUUAUACUACUUACUUCAAGCAAGAGGGGGUUCAUCAUUCGGAGAGAAGAUAUGGGUGAAGAGGCCAAACAGGAAGAAGCAAAGGUAGAGGCUAAGCCAGAGGAGAAGGCCUCAGAAAAGGAGGAAGCGAAAGUGGAAGAGAAAAAGGAGGAGAAACAAGAAGAGCCAGAGCCACCUUCUCCCCUCAUUUUGUCAGUGGAAUUACACUGUGCUGGAUGUGCCAAAAAAAUCCAAAGGUCCAUCAUGAAAAUUCGAGGAGUUGAGAGAGUUGAAAUUGAUAUGGGCAAAAACCAAGUGACUGUAAAAGGAGCGGUGGAACCUCAAACAGUGUGCAAUAGAAUCACUAGAAAGACCAAGCGAAGAGUCGACGUGAUUUCUCCGAAACCGGCGGCAGAGGGCGAACCACUUCCCCAAAUUGUCACUUCACAGGUUAAUGGAUUAGUGACUGUGGAGCUAAGUGUCAACAUGCACUGUGAAGGCUGUGCUGAGCAACUCAAGAAGAAGAUACUCAAAAUGAGAGGGGUUCAAACGGCAGUAACAGAGUUUAGAUCGAGAAAGGUCAUGGUGACAGGGACUAUGGACCCCAACAAACUUGUCGACUAUGUCUAUAGACGGACCAAAAGGCAGGCCAAAAUAGUCCCCCCACCGGAGCCGGAAAAGCUAGAGGAGAAAAAGGAGGGAGGCGAACCGCUGGAAGAAGUGAAGCCGGAGGAGAAGAAGGACGAAAACAACGGGGGAGAGAAAAAGGAGGGGGAGAAACCGCAGGAAGAAAAGAAAGAGGGAGAGGGAAAUGACAAGCCUGAAGGGAAACCAGAUAAAGCGCAAGAGGCGAAAAAUGAAGGCGAGGGAGUGGAAAGUGUGUUCCUUUAUGACGAUGAUGUUACGAGGAGGCUGGUGUAUUAUCACCAGCCACUUUACAUUAGCGAGAGUCUCCCGCCACCUCCUCAGCUCUUCAGCGACGAGAACCCGAAUGCGUGCUGCAUCUCUUGACGGCGAUUAUUAUUUCAAAUAAGCUGCAUCAUAUGUUGAGGUUGAGUUGAAAAUAUAUGAUUGUUGAUUUUCUUUAUGGUUGGGUGUGUAGGGAAGAGGAAUAAUCAAGUCCCAAAUAAUGGGUAUGGCACGCAAUCCCUUUUUGUAUUUGUGUGCGCUUGACAGUUGUAAAGAUGGUGUGGAUUAUGAUAUUGUUAUUGGGUACA